UGGGAUGUCCUCAUUCACAAAACAAGCUGCACCCAUUGAUGUGUCCACAAAACCCAAACAGAGCACAGCUGCUAGCUUAAAGCAGCAUAGUAAAGAAAGAGCAGAGGCCUAGCGUUUAGUGACAUUAUAUCUUUGUUACAGUUGUUUUUAAGGAGACGUCGGGAACUUUAUCUGUUAUAAGUGAAGUCAGCUGGAGGUUGUCUCAUGGUUGUACUGGAAACUGACACAAAGUAGAGUGAAGAGGUUGGUUUGAUGUGCGUGGCAUCAAGACAGGAGGCACCAUGAGUGCGGAGCUGGAUGCACUGACCGUGGUGAACCAGCUGCGAGAUCUUGCUGCGGACCCCCUGAACCGAAGAGCCAUAGUAGAAGACCAAGGCUGUUUGCCGGGUCUCAUCCUUUUUUUGGACCACCCCAACCCACAGGUCGUCUACUCAGCACUAUUGGCCGUGCGCUACCUGGCAGAAUGUCGAGCCAACAGGGAGAAGAUGAAGGGCGAGCUGGGCAUGAUGCUGAGUUUGCAGAAUGUCAUGCAGAAGAGUACGUCACCCGGGGAGACCAAACUGCUGGCCUCUGAGAUCUAUGAGAUUUUGCAGCUAGCUGGUAAAGAAGAGGCGGAACAGGCCGAGGCGGCCGCGGCAUCCUGCCAGAAGAAAGCCCAGUUCUUCCUGGGCUCCAACAACAAGAGGGCCAAAACGGUGGUGCUGCACAUUGACGGACUGGAUGAUCCUACUCGACGGAGCCUUUGUGAGGAGGCUUUGCUGAAGAUUCGAGGGGUCAUCAGCUUCACCUUCCAGAUGGCUGUCAAGAGAUGUGUUGUCAGGAUCCGCUCCGACCUUAAAGCUGAGGCGUUGGGUACAGCGAUCAACUCCACCAAAGUAAUGAUAGCUCAGCAGGUGGUGAAGACAGAGGACGGAGGAGAGCUGAUCUUGCCAUUCCAGGAGGACUCGGCGGAGCUGGUAGAGGAGAACACCGACAUCCCAGACUACCUGCCCGAGGAGGAGAGUCCGUCCCAGGAGCAGGACAAAGCAGUCACGCGCGUCGGCUCCAUCACGGACGGCAUGGGCUGGCUCAGCACGGCCGCCAACUUCCUGACGCGCUCCUUUUACUGGUGACCACUUCCUGUGUUUCUCUCUCACUCUCUGCUCCGUAGGUUUUCUCUAAAGUUACCAUCCAGCUGCAGCCUUAGCGUCUCUCAACCUUGUCCCCGGACUAAGCCCUGCCUCGCGGACCCCACACUAGUCUAGACUCCCCUCCGCUAAGCACACUGAACCCGGCCCCAACGUGUGUGCAACAAGUGCUGGACUGUCGAGUGGAACCUGCAAUAACUUGUGUAAAUAUCGAGCUACCGAUCCCACUACUGGCUGUGUGUGCACAACUAUAUACUAGCUGCAUAUGUAUCUCACAAGAUAUAGCCGGAGGACUUGAAAUCAAACCAAAUAGCAUUCUGGAAAUGUGCAUCGCUGCACAUGUGGCAGACACAUUUAGAUGCUCCGAGGCUGAUUUUGAAUACGUCGGAAAAUUGGGAGUUCCUUUUUGUUUUGUGCAUGAUUUUUUUGGUUGCUUUCCUCCUAGUGUCUUUUCUCAAUCGCUGUCCUCUUUACUAUACAUAUUUUUCUUUAAUUUCCUAUUUUUUUUCUUCCCCCUUCAGUUUUAUUAGCAUGCUAUGAGUCUUUUGUGCCAAUCUUACCUGAUGCCUAGAUCUGUGAUUUAUUGUGUGUGCCUUUUUUUUGACAUUUUACUUUAAUAUUAUUUUUUCAUCGGUCAUUCAAAUAAUUUGAGAGCUCCGAGCGUGUAACGUUUGGUGCUUCCCAGGUGGCCCCUUAGCAGCAGCACAUUUUAGCUUACUGAGGGACGUCUGCUCAGUAGAAAUAGUAAACUCGACACCAGCAAGAGGCUCACGUGCAUUAGACUGUUGCAUACUGAAAGAAGAGCUGAUUAAUAUACCCCUCACUGCGCUUAACUGUAAUACAUGAAAAUCCAAUGUGAGUUCUGACUGAAUUGCACAGACCUUAGGCUACCUCUGCUUUCAGCCCUCUAUCUCACAUCAACAUUAUAGUCUUCUGUAGUUUUAGUAGCACAGCAUGUAUAAGACCAACCUGUUAGCUGCCUGCUUGUUACCUGGACUCUCCACUGACAUUUUUUACAGUAUUGUUGCUCCACCUGUUCAGUUAAAUUUUCAGUUUCGCCAGCAGUGUCCUUAAAGCAAAGUUGGUCAUGUUGGUGCACGCUCACACGCACAUACAGAGGACUCAGUAGUGGAGCGAGAGUGUGGUUAUGUACAUUUUGUAAAUGGUGCCUGAUUACCCUAAAAUCUCAGACCUUUUACAUGUGAAGGAGAUUUUCGUUCUGUUUUUGUAAUUUUGCAUUUUAUGUCACAAAAUAGGAUUAUAGCAGCUAAUGCUAACGCUCUUAGUGAGUUUAUUCCUUUUCCUUUAGCCUUUACGACCCCGUGACUCACACCAGGUUUCAUUAUUAUCUCCUCUGACUUGUGUGAGUGUCAUUAAUAAUUAUUACAGUAUAUAUACAAUGCUGACCAGGCGACUUUUAUUUGUUCUGAUGGUGCGGAGACGUCACAGUUGGUUGAGGUCAAACGAAGAGAGGAACGGCACAGAAAUGACCUGAGUAAUCUGAAUUGAUGGUGGUUGUUCUCUAGAAAAGCAAUAAUAUUUUUUGCGUUAAAUGUAGUUAUUAUAGUUCAUCAUCCGCCUUCAAAAUCAUGUUUUUGAAUAAAGGGUAUCAGUUAGGAUUAUCAUCAGUAUUAACAAUUCUUCUUUAUUUGUCCAUUUUGCACAGAAUUGAUCUAAAUUCAAUCUUGUAAUUUAAUUUUUAACUUUUGGUGUCGGCUCAUACUGCAAAGAAAUACUUGAACAUUGUUUCUUAGAACUUUUCUCACGUGUUCAUCAAAGUGUAAAUUUCCCACAACAGUUAGAUUAACCAGUAAGGAUGACAAAAAACAAACAAAGUCCUCAAAAAGGUAACUUCAUGAACAGACUUCACGUGUCUGUCAUCAAAUGUAAUAUAAUGUAACGCAGAUCUUAAAACUGUAGAUUCCCUCACACUGUUAAUGCAAACGAUGAUAAACUUCAAAUCAAAAUGUG